AUGGUUCUUCUGACUAUUAAAACUGUUCAAAGAGUGUCACUCUUUGUAGCGUUUGGAGGCCUGGUAACAACCUUCAUCACCACCUUUUUGCCUCUCUGGAAGACGAUGAACUCGGAGUUGAACGAGAUGGAGAACUGGUAUGAGGGUCUGUGGCACACCUGCAUCUUUACUGAGGAGGUUGGGUUGCAAUGCAAGGCUUUCGAAUCUCUACUCACCCUGCCUCCGGUCACGCUUGUGUCAAGGAUUCUCAUGUGCGUUUCCAUCGCAAGUGGGUUCCUCGGCGUUUUGGCAGCGUUUUUCGGACUUGAAGGAGUCGAGGUUGGCGCAGGCAGAGAGAGGUUGAAAAGAAACCUUCUUAUCCUGGGUGGCGUGCUCAUUCUGGUGUCAGGGAUGACCACGUUGGCUCCCGUCUCACUUAUAGCAUAUGUGAUGGUCCUGGAGUUCUGGGAUGAAGGUCUGCCGGAUGUGAUGCCACGCUGGGAGUAUGGUGAGGCCAUGUUUUCUGCCUGGUUCUCAGGACUCCUGCUGGUUAUUGGUGGCUCGUUUCUGUUUGUAGCGGUGUGUAUGGGUGACCAUCAAGCCAAACAGCAAAGGAAAAUCUCCUGUUACAAUCACACACUGCAACAUCAGACUCUCGGCAGACAGAACUACUCAAAAACUGAGAUUUUGUAA